AUGCAAAGUAUCGAACGUUGGAAUCGUCUUCUCCCCCUCCAUCUCCUUCUACUCACCACACUUCAGACCUGUCGGGUAUGCUCAGCGCGAGGCUAUCACCGAAUGAGCAUCGCGGUGAACUCCUCAACAGUCAACCCCCACCUCUGGUACCGCCAACCGCCCCCCGUCCUGCCCUCCUGGUACACCCCGACAAGCAACUUCCGAAAUUACAAGGUAUUCCACCUCAUCUUUCUCCGCCAACUUGACGUCCGGUGCAACGACGGAACAAGAGCGGGGUACUACAUUCGGCGUUCGAAAAAUACCAACUCACGGAAGUGGAUGAUCUAUCUAGAAGGUGGUUGGUACUGUUUCGAUGAGGCCACCUGCAUCUCACGCCAGAUAACCAAUCACGCUCUCUUCUCAUCACGCACGUGGCACAUAAAUCGAUACAUUGGUGGCGUGCUGUCAUGGGACGAGCGAAUAAACCCAAACUACCACGACUACAACACCAUAUUCGUUCCCUACUGCUCCAGCGAUUUGUGGUCAGGAAAGAAGAGUGAACCCACAGGAGGCUACUAUUUCCACGGUUCACGGAUCCUAACUGCAGUCGUGGACGACCUCCUCCAACGCCCCGAUGCCGGUGGCAUCGGUGUGAUGCUGAAUAUCGAUCGGCUCGCGCGACGAAUACGAAGGGGUCUCCGCUACCGCAGGUGGCAGUUAACAAGACGCAUCGCAACCAACAUUCAAAUUAGUGGACUCGUUGAUUCAGCCUGGUUCCUCAACUACCCCACCUACGCCCAACCCUUUUCGAGCAGCUGCACAAGCAUCUACGACUGUCCACCUGAGGAGGGCAUUCUGCCUCCCAUCUUCAUCAUCCAGAGCCUCUUCGACGAGGCGCAGCUUCAAAUGAGUCGAGCUCUCCUUCUGACAGGCGGACCCUACAACAAGCUGGCGUACAUUCAGAAUCUUGGCAAAGCAGUUGCCAAGAGCUUGGAUACCGUGAGGGGCGUCUUCGCACCUGCCUGCUCGGAUCACGAAAUCCUGACCACCAAUCACUGGGCUCAGCUUAUGGUCAACUCACAGAGUCUUCAAGACACUCUUAAUGCCUGGGACGCUCACCUUACACGCUGGCGUAGGUACCCCCAGUGGUAUUUAAAUCUCCGUCAACCGCCAGCAUCACAUAGUAGACAGGACAGUCGGAGCCAGCGACCGCAGCAGAAUUCGAACUCCUCGAUGAUUUUUCUGUCCAAACUCGUCGCAGUACUGAACCGUCCCAAGACAGACACGACAGCAAUGCGCGGUGGCCGACACUACGUCACCCAACGCACUCAACGCGAUCUCUCGCACCCACCGGCGUUUGUAUUCCGCGCCAUCGACCGAUGCUCACUGGAUGCGGGUCCAGACGACUUCGGCGACGUGCGAUCGCGGGAGAAGUUGGCGGCCGCGUGCAUGGGGCGGUCGCACAUAACACCCCUCUGCAACCCCUCGUGCCGGGCACUCAUUCAUCCCCGGACCAUGGAAAAACUCACUGUGGUCUCGUUGUACGAGCUCUACGGCGUCGACUCGGCACAGCUGGCUGCCAACAUCGGCGUCUCGGUGUCACGCCUGAAAGCCCUCCCCGUGAAGGAGCAGAUGCGGAUGAUGUUCUGCAGAAGGCUUUGA